AUGCCUUUUUAUAGAAAACCACGUAAUUUUACUCCUAUAUCAAUAGUGUCAGAGAAAAAAGCAACCAAAAACGGCGUCCACCACGCAAUAUUUACUUCGAGGUUUGAUAAAUACGUUGGCGAUUGGAAACAUGAUUUGAAAGAAGGUAAAGGCACAUUCCUGACUAUCAGUGGAAAAUUAUAUGAAGGCGAUUGGUACAGAGGUUUUAGACACGGCUUUGGAACUCUCAGCAAUCGUCUUGAAAACGGAAAAUUCAGUCUCGAGUAUAGGGGAGAUUGGGUACGUGGCAAACCAGAGGGCGUCGGCUGGCGGUAUUAUGCCAACGGCGACGUAUACUGCGGCCAUUGGAAAGAUGGGCAGCAACACGGGUACGGCAAAAUGUGGUACGCCAACGGGACCUACUACGUAGGAUAUUGGAAAGGCAACUUGAAAGAGGGACUCGGAAUGUUUAUUCAAGAGAACGGAAACCGUUACGAAGGCCAUUGGCAGAACAACUUGAAGCACGGCCUAGGUCGUUUCUACCACAUGCACACGGGGCAGCUGCAGGAGGGCUGCUGGGAGGCCGGCCUCUGCGUCAAAUCCAAGAUGGCCGACAUUAUAAUCCGGCAGUGUUGUGAUCUGCCGACUGAGUACCCGAUACCGCCGGAACAACUCAAAAACUCCAAAAAGAUUUUGGAAGAAAGCGACUUCUGGCUCCAACAAAACAUCGGACACAUUGAUAAAAAACUUCAUUACUGUAUUGAAUAG